AUGUACACGACCAAGAAGCCCCCAAUGGUAGCACACAAAUCAUUUGUCUGGUUCCGGUCAGCCAAAUCAGGCAAGCGCCAGAGUUCGAUCUCGGGAGGUAAGCUGGCAAGUUGGCUGACACCACAUCACCACAGCUUUCCGACUUUUCUCACAGCAACUUGCCUAUCUGAAUGCCUUUACCUAUUGCUCUAUUUGAACCCCCACAGAAACCCACUGUCUCAAACAUUUCGAUCGGUCGGUUCUUCCGCGCCCCAUCCGAGGUCCGUGCAGCAACACCAUGCUCCUUUUCAACUUGCCAUCAGAGAUCAUUGGGGAGAUAUUGAAUCAACUUGAGCCUGCAGCCUUUUAUGUCUGUCUACAAACGGCCAAGCUAUUCCGCGACAAUGCCUUGUCCUCAAAGGCGUUGAUCCGCGCGCAUCUAGCUCGUAUCCCAGGACAACGCGUUCUCUCCGAGGAAGUCGAGAACAGUCCGGAUGCCCUGCUGGGUCUGUUUGAAAAACGAGCAAACCAGCAUUUGUUCAAUUCUGCAGGUGCCAUGGCUGAUGUCUUUGCAUGGUUCCCUGAGCAAACAAUGCACAGCAAACUGAGUGGGUUGCUGUGCUGGAAAGGGCUAUCGAAGCAGGAACUGAAGAUGUGGAAAGGAUUAUCAAAACGUGAUCUGAAGACCGAGAAUACCCACAUACUGGCUUAUUGUGAAGUCCAACCGGAAAAGGCUAUAGUCACUUUAUACUCUAUAGAGGACUAUGGCGUUCAUGGACACCGCCCACAGAUCAGCCACAUUAUAUCACCUCGCAUUCUACUGUGUCAAGGAGCUCUUGUCGAUCAUCAAUACAAGAUCAUGAAAGUCACUAGCGUUAAAUUCGGGAUAGCUGUGCUGUACGCGCCUCUGCAGUCAAUUCACCAGUCCGACUCUGAGCAUGUCCUCCUUGGUCAAGAGUGGAAACUGCUGCUAUUUCACCUGGAAUCUGGGCAUGGUGUUUCCUUGUACAGAUCGUACAAUAUUCGACCCCAGGGAUCAGUUUUCAUUGAUCUGGCUUUCGACUCAGAUGGCAAUCCAGUGGUAUGCUGGAAGACCCACGCAUAUAACAACAGGGGGAUGUACACGUCAUUCCAAGUGACCAGACACCACCACCCCAGGAAUAGCCAGAGAGUGCAAGAAGUCGAACGCCAUCGCACUCUCGAGCUUAGCAUAGACACACGUUCGGCACAAGACUACAAUUACAUGAUGAGUAUGCGCGGUAAGCACAUAGAUAUCAUUCCGGCUCCGGCACAUCUCCCACACUAUACAUCCCCGUACGUUGACCAUGAGCACUCGGCCCUGUUUGAAUCUAGAGACCCUGAAUUUCCGGAAAGCAUUGGGAUAUUCACUCGGCCGUCGUUUGGCUACACACUGGCAACACACCACUACUGCUCUUCUCUCCGUUCCUCGGAUACAUUUGGCGCGAGCAAUGGCGAACGAGGAUGUGUGAAUACCGCGUUGAAAUUCGCCAUCUCGCGUGAGGCUCUUGGAGCGUCACCGUUAAGCUCACGUAAGAAGCAGGGGGCUUUCUUAGUAAAAGCCUUUGACUUUGCAGACAGUUGCCACGACUUUGAUUGGGAUGAAGAUAGAUUUCAGCAGCAGUAUCUGGUCGUUGCGCGCCUCAUUGCUCAUCCUGAUCUCUGCAAUCUAUCUACACUAGGUCUCAUCGUAGCGGUGUCUCCAGGCGCCCAUCGCAUAGCCGUAUCAUCGUGGAGAACCUUGGUCGUCUAUUCUCUCGACCCGCAAGCCUUUCUGGACCCUGAUUACAGCCUAUCUCGCGCUAUGAUUCCUGCUCCUGACCUGUAUAUGCUCCCCUCAUAUCCGGAAAACCAGAAGGAGCGUUGUGGUUGGGAAUAUUAUUCCAAUGCCAACAUUAUUGAGAGUUGUGUUGAAUUGGAGCCAGUGCGGCUAGAAUGUAAAGGUGUCGUGUAUGGGCUGGAGUGGCGAGAUGAGAACGAACUUUGGGGGUGGGCAGAGAAUGGGUUGGUGAGGUGGACUAUGGGGUCGAUGAUGAAGGGAGCGAGAGGAUAUGGUAGCAUCGGUGGGGAUUGGCUGGAGAAGGCGAACUGGAUGGACAGUUUGAACGAAAAACAAUGA